AUGCGACCACCUAGUCUAAGUCCUGAAAAACUUGACUUGGAUAUUACAGCAGCUUUACGAUCUGGAGAACCGGUGACUAAAAACAACAAACAAUAUUACACAAUAGAAAAUGUUGAACUUAAAUUCCAACCCAAAAGAAUGUAUCUAACUUUCAAUAACCCAGACCAAGACAGACUUCUAGAAGACCAAACCAACAGAUUUUUAAACGAAAAUUGGAAAGAUUUAUUCGAAGAGCUGAAACCGUCCUUCCAGGACUCUUUCUCAGCAUUGUUUAAAGAAAUCGCAGCAAGAGUUUUCGAUAGAGUUCCUAUUAAAGAUAUGUUCCUUAAGUAAAUUUUGGAAAUACAAAUGAUAGAAGAAAUUAGUACUUAAUAAUACUCAAAGAUAAGAUAUAAGAUUGAGGCGGAACACCUGGGCUUAGGAUUAAGAAUAUUGGAUACUGAGUGACUCUUAGUUUGAAUAUGUGUAUGAAGAUGUUAUUUAUUACCUUGAUUUUAAGUUUGUUAUAAAAAUUUAUAUAAAUAAAAUGAUCAAAUAUGAAAUGUUAUACAUUAGA